UAAACCCCGCCUCCUCUUCCUGGCUGCAGUCAACGGAUCCAGUCGAUGUCCAUUAAUUUAGGCCUUUACUAAAAUUCACGAACAACAAGGAGAAGCGGUGGAAAUAAUCGUCAAGAAUAAGAGAGAGAAACUUGUCUCCACAAAGCGAACAGGUGGAACUUUGUCACACCCUGUUGGAACUAAUUCAGGAGAAAAUCGUCUCUUCGUGAUGUACGUUUCGAAGACUGUUCUCAGCCAUGACCCAGGUCGUUCCUCCGAUCCUCUCCGUCACCCCGAGUCGGGCUCUGGUUGAUGAGAAGUUUAAAGUGUUGGUGGAGAAUCUUCCUCCGGGAUAUCCGGUAACCGUCCGCUCCCUCCAUAACUCCGAGGACAAGCACGACUGGGAGGCUUACGGGCACUACGUCAGUGACCACAGUGGCGUCGUGUCAGUAUCAGAAGACUUAAGUUACGGAGGCACAUACACAGGAAAAGAGCCCAUGGGUUUGCUGUGGAGCAUGCGGCCCGUCCCGGGCAGCCGCCCAGGCCUCAGGUUAAGGAAGAUGAAUGUGUGCACACCCAUGCUGGUCACCAUCUCGGUCCACAGUGGACACGAGGGCUUCAGGGACCAGGCCCCUCUAGCCUCAGUCCUCACAGAGAGAUGGUACAUGGCCCCUGGCAUCCAGAGGAUCACUAUUAAUGAGCAAGGAGUGCAAGGGACUCUGUUUAUACCUCCAGGUCCUGGACCGUUUCCUGGGCUGCUGGAUAUGUGGGGAGGUGGUGGAGGGCUGCUGGAGUAUCGUGCUGCCUUGCUCGCGUCUCACGGUUAUGUUUCUUUGGCGCUGGAUUACCUCAGAUUUGACCAGGAGUCUGAAAAUUUGGAAUUGAAAUACUUUGAGACGGCGUUUAAUAUUAUUAAGGACCAUCCUCAAGUGAUGUCAGACAGAGUUGGAAUUUUUGGUCUUUCUCUCGGUUCACUUGUUGCUGUCACCUUGGCAGUUUACAGCACCAUUAUCAAGCCUUGUUGUAUUGUUUGUAUCAGCUCCAACCACUAUUAUCCAGCACAGGGGAGCACAGUCGCAUCCAGGUUUGAAGGAGUAACCAGGCAGCUUUACAAGGCGCGUGUGAAUGAGGACAACCAAGUGAUCUGGAAAGAUGUUGGUCUGGAGUUCAUCACUGACCCCUCAAACAUUGCCGAAGUAGGCAGAAUUAACUGCCCGACAUUGCUGGUUAACGGCUGUGAUGAUCAGAACUGGCCCACAGUGGAGACGGCGGAGGAUGUAGCCAGGUUGAUGCGUGAAGCUGGAAAGGAACACCUGUUGAGCAGAUUAGCAUAUCCGGACACCGGACACCUGAUUGAGCCACCGUUCUCACCUCAUUUUAGGGCUACGACCUUUGUCAUACACAGCAGUAAAGAAAAAGUGCUACUACUGUGGGGAGGAAAGACCAAACCUCACUCUGAUGCUCAGGAGGACUCCUGGAGGAAGAUUUUGAGCUUUCUGCAGUUUCACCUGUACUGUGGCCCAUGUCUCAAAGCAAAGAUAUGAAAAGGUGCAUGAUGCUGCUCAAAAAAUAAAUACAUCAUGUGCCUUUUUCAACCAUCCAUGAAUUCAAAUUUUUAUGGUGGGACAUCAACCAAACUGUUUUUCUUGAUUUGUAUCUAAAAACUAAUUUAGCCCAUUUGAGGCCCCUUUGUUAAAGGCCCACUUUCCUCUGAUUGGCUAACUUCUGGAAGCCAGCUGAGGGGUAGCACCCAUAAAUUUGUUAGACAAUGUAUGUUACAGAUUUUUACAGAUAUCUAUAAUUUUCCCUGUUAACUAAAAAUAGCUCACUUGCUUCCCAAUAGAAAACCUGUUUGGUUAGAUUUAUAAAAAAUUAUGAUGUUUUUGGGUUAAAUUGUUAUGGUUGAGUUUUGGUUUCCCCCGGCAAUGCAAUUCAAAUCAUGCUCUAAUAUGUUACAAUAGCAUCACUGAUGCCCAGAUUUGACAUAUUUGACAACAUAGGAAAACACGACAAAAGUUAGAAUAUAUUUUUAAUUUGGAUUUUUUCGAAUUCCAUGGAUUAGACAUUUUAUAAUUCAAGUGGCAAAUAACGAGUCUCAUCUGUGUUUUGUUCUGUAAGAUCAACAACCUACAGUGUUAGGUUUUGUAUUGCUGAUUGUCAUUUAUGCUUAGAGUU